AUGUGGCUUAUCUUCGCGAACAACUCGAAGGUGGCGGUGGCCCAGAAGGCGCCUUUGGAGCAACGCCACGCAGUUUGUGCCACCAUCAGCACAGCUGUGGCGCUGUUCUCUGGAUUCUUCAACAUCUUGCAGCUCACUGCGAUUGACGACUUCGAUUUGCCCGGCCGAGAGAGCACCUUCACGCUGAACUUGUCCCGGCCUGUGGAGUGGAUCGCCACGUGCCCCAUCAUGCAGCUGAAGCUGGUGGUCCUGGCAGGCGCCCGCGUUCCCAGCUACCGGCGCUUCAUGAUGCCACUCCUCUCGGUGGCGGUGCUCCUUUGUGGUACCGCCUCCAUGUUCACAGGAGACGCGCUGCGCUUUGCUUGGUAUGGCUUUGGUAUGAUCUUGGCCUUCAUCAUGUUCUUCCACAACGGAUUGCAAAUCAAAGAGAACAGCGAGGGCGAGGAGUCUUGGUUUCAAGGAGACUCCGACUUUCGCAAGCUCUCCAUCCUGCUGGUCGUCACUUGGUUUCCGUUCCCGAUUUGGUUCAGUUUGAGUGUUGAAGGCUUUGGCGUCAUUACUGACCCGCUCAUUAUCGAGCUGGGCUGGGUGAUCCUGAACAUCGUAUCGAAGUUCACGUUCAUCAUUUGGAUGCAGCGCAUGAAGAUGGUGCAUCAGCGCAAGCUGGAAGCCGCCAGGGAGCUGUACGGCCUGUCGCCAACGGAUGAGGUGGCGGAGGCCGGGCCGGGGCGGAGGGCCAAGGUACGUGGCCAGAAGAUUUCGACCAACGCCGGGGACUACGGCCUGGGCUAUGGUGAGGAGGCUGACAGCGAGCAGAAGCUGGUGGAGAUUGUGUCUGAGACCAUGGUGACUCUCGGUAUGAGUGCUCACACGGACCGUCUGAUGCGCCUCAUGGUGGAGAAUGGCGUCACCAACACCGCGGUGCUGGAGAGGCUCAACCAGGAGCGGUGCAUGGAGCUGAACCUGCCCUGGGCGCUGGUAGAGGCUUCGCAGCGCCGGUGGAUCUCGGAGAAGAUGAACAUGGGCCAGGACCAGGGUGGCACGGUGGAGAAGGAGGACCCAUUCAAGAAGCUGCUGGAGGCCAACAAGGAGCGCAUGACCGGCAAGAGUCUCAUGAACGCCCUGCCCGGGAUGCCGCCUGGCAGGAUGGGGAUGGUGUCCCCGCAGAUGUUCGAGGGCAACUGGGGCGCCAUGGAGAACGCCCUGCAGCGGGUCCUCAUGCCCUUCCAGGAUGCCGUGAUGACAAAGCUCCAGAUGAUGGAGGACAACAUGCAGCGCCAGCUGGAGAGCACACAGGAAGCCAUCUCCCAGCGCAUGGACUUCUCACAGGUGGCGUUGCUGCAGACGGUGAACGCCUGCCAGGUCUUGUUGCACAAGCUGGACUCCUCUCAGGAGAGCGUCGUGCAGAAGAUGGACAACCAGAAGGUGAGCGUGGACAACCUGCUGGGCAGCAUUUCAGGCGCGAAUGACACCACCAAGCAGGCCCUGUUAGACACUGUGAACACCUCCUCCAGCUUCUUGUUGCAAAAGCUAGACUCCACCCAGCAGGACUUGCUGAAGCAAUCGAACGAGUCUUACGCAGUACUGCAGAAGGUGUCCGACAAGCAGGAGGUCCUGGUCAAGAAGGUGGACUCAGGCAACGAGUUUACCCAGCGCCGCUUGGUGGAGAUGGAGGGCACUGUGGACCGCAAGAUGACAGAGGUGAGCGAUUCCGUGUGCAAGAACACGACCGAAAGCUCCACGAAGCUGCUGACCAGCCUGCGAGGCGAUCUCUCCACCCUGGCCGCCCAGGGCAAUGCCAUGGUGGACGCCACCGAGAAGUCCUCUGCGGUGCAGGAGGAGCGUAUGGCUGAUGUCCGUCGCCAGAACAUGAUGAUCAUGGACAUGCUGACCAACGCCCAAGAGACCAUGCACACCAGCGCGGAGUCGCUGCAGAGCUUUACGCGCUCAGAGAUCAUGCGGGACUCUGCCACCAACAUGGAGAUGCAGCUCCGAGAGGUUAUUGUGAAGCAGAUGAGCAAGUUGCAGGAAGCCUUGCUGGGCGAGAGCGACCAGGAAGAUGGCCAGGCCAACCUCAAGGCGGCGGUGAAUGCCAUGGUGGAGCGUCUGGAGGACAGCGCCCGCCGCCUGGAGAUGGCUUCCGCCAGCCAGCAAGAAGGUGAAGGCGGCAAUGACACUGAGGAGCUGAUCCGGCGGGAGCUUGCGGCAGUGGCGCUGGCGCUGUCGCAGCAGCAGCGGGAGGUUGCCCAGGAGAGCCUUGCGCAGGUGGGUGAGGCCGUGCGCGGGGAGCUGUCUUCCUUCCAGGAUUCACAGACUCACAUGUCUGGCACGCUGGCCGAGAAGGUGAAUGAGCUGGCGCAGGUGAUGAGUCAGAACAUGGAACGGCUGGAGACGAAUGUUGACAAGGUGCUGCAGAGCGUGGAGACCAAGGCGCCGGCGCCCGAAGGGCGUCGCACCUCCGGCCGGGGCGAACGUGGUUGAGGAAGUGCUCAGCCUGUCCGCAUGUGAAGUCAUUCGGGCCCUUGCUCGGCCGGCAGUCAGCAUGAAAGCCGUUGGUGCUGCUGAAAGUCACCCCACGGAUGCCACGCAAAAUUGUGGAGUCCGAAGGCGGGUUGUGUUGAAAGCGCGUCAUGAUGUUCAUAGCGCAUCAGUUCCACAUCAAGGGGGUGAACUUGUUGCCUGCCUCAGGGAUUGCUUCAAAAUGAACGUCCCUGGGCAGAAGAGUCAUCAGUCAGCAGCAGACCUUUCAGUCAUUGAGACCUUUUUUUUUUGGCACCAUUGCAGUGCAGAACAUGUACAGCGUGGCUGCUUUCCAGAGGCUUACUUGAUGUGAG